AUGAUGCUGGUGGUGGUUGUGGCGGCCACGAGGAGGAAACGACUCGGGGAGAGCGUCAAGAGGGAGCAGGAAUUGGUGACGGAUGCAAUUGGAGGGGGCGAGUCGAAUGCGGAAGAUUCGCAGGAAGAGACAGAAGAAGUACCCAGACCAAAAGAGAUGGAAAAGAGAUUGGUCGGCGGUGGAUGGACCAGAACGGGUCAGAAGGUUUGA